AUGGAACAUCUGAAACUCCCCUAUCUCGAGGGCUUCUCGGUCACGAACUUUGGCAACAAGUACGACUCCAGCGUUUCGUUUCAGAAUUUUCCAGGAAAGGUAGGCUGGGCUGUCACUACUGCCUCUGGCGAGCUCAAAGAAGAAGAAGUAAACGGGGUGUCUAGGAAGCCUGAACUGGAGUUCAAAGAACUGAUGCAGUCAUGGCUUUUCUUUGGUCUAAUUACCGCUGUGGUCUAUGAUGAUAACAACAUCGACAAGUGGGAGCUUGUUGCAUCUGACUUUGACCCAGACGACAAAGGAACACUUACUACAAGGGAAUUGCCAAGAAUACUGGAAGAUUGGCGAAAGAGGGAGAUCUCGCAAGAUGGGAAGCCGGGCCAGAAGAUGCGCAUGAUACGGGCACAACUCGCAUUAGAUCUGGCCCGAAAGGUGGUCAACACGUACUGUUCGGCUGACAGCCCGAAGCGCGCAGCAAGACUUCUCGACAGCAGCGAAGAAGGUCAGAAAGCAGCGAGAAAGAAAGCAAUCCACCAGAUCUAUACUGUAUUCUCAGGCGCUAAGUACACUAUCGUUGUCGACAAUGGCCUCAGCGGCAUGUCCUGGGACAAUCAGGACUACACGACUACAGCAAUGAGGAUCCUUGCGAGUGGUUGGAUGAGAAGACUUUGGACCUUACAGGAAGCUUACCUUAGUCGUAAGCUGUUGUUUGCCUUCAAACACUUGGAUGAGGACGAUGACGAGAGCAAAUGCCCGCCGCUAAUUGACCUCGAUGAGAUAGAGGCAUGGUAUCACGAAGGUAGCCCGUCACUCGUAUCUGAUUUGCCUGCCCUGGCCCGAAGUUAUUACAACAACCUACUUGGGCCUGACCGGAACGCGAGGAACAACAAGGACAUAACAACUGACGGGAUGAGUCUUAUUGCGAGUGUAUGGCGAGCAGCGCAGUGGAGAAAUACAUCUCACAAUGAGCACGAAACGUUAGCUCUUGCUACACUCCUUAAUCUGGAUCUCAGCAACAAAUCAUUCGGGACAGCCAACCUUAUGAAGCCAGGCAAUAACACCAAUCUAGAGCUCGAUACCAUGAUGAAAGACUUCUGGUUAUCACUUGAGGAGAGUUCACCUGGUUCGAUUCCUCCGGGUAUCAUAUUUCUACCCGGCCCUCGAAUCCAGAUCUCCGCAUUCGGCUGGGCACCAAAAAGUUGGAUGCUAGCACAUGGGCCUGAUUACCCAGAUCCAGUUGCCCUGUCGAGGAAAGCGGCCGUCCUCUCGCCAGAGUAUGGCCUGCAAGUAGAAUUCCCAGGAUUCCUUCUUCACUGCGAGGAUAGAGAUGCAAUCCUUGGCCACCAAACAAAUGGGACGGGCUUUCGGUUCCCGUGUGAUAACUCACUAACCGAAUAUUAUCGCGUUACCUGGGACGAAACGGAAGAGUACAGCAAGCAAAGAGGUAUCAUCGGCGAACAGCGCAGCGAAGAUCUGGCCAUAAUACUCUGUCGACCAAGACCCGGACAAUUUCCCGAGAUUGGUCUACUUGUAGAGAUCCAUACGACCAAACAAGAGAAGAGGGAUCUCGGCCAAGACAGCGUCCGGAGGGUGUUCGCAGUCUACAUGCGCCGACGUGUCAAGGUCAGGCGCGAGACUGGCGAUUUGAACUUGGCGACCAAGGUCAAAGAGAUCAUGAAUCGCGCCCACGAGGAACAGUCGAGAAUUAUCUGCGGCGAAAUCCUUAACGAAGACCAGAAAUGGAUCGUUGACUGCAGGAUCGACUCAGCUAAGAAGAUAUCGAAAGAGCAAGUAGCAACUAGAUCGGCUACUCCUGUGCGAUCAACACGACCUUCUUGGGCCAACCCGAACGAUGUGCUCUCCCUGCUACUCAUAAUCGGUGGAGACAUCGUUCAAACCGCUCUCGCCCAGACCACAGCCGGGGGAUGGAUAACCCCAGUAUGCUUCUCGUUUGGUUGGGUAGCAUAUUCAUUCAGCACACUCGUGCGCGUCCUUGGCGACGGUCGUCUUCUUCCACCGCCAGAUUUCCCGGCGAAAGUCUUCAACCUCGAAUCGUCCUACGUCCGAGAGAACAAGAACUGGGUGUUAGGCCGCAUCCUAAGGGAUAAUGAGCUAUUUAUGAACAAAAUACAGCCGCACGGAGGUAACGCACUCAGGAUAUCGAUAUACACCGCUGUGGAACGGAAGAACGGCCAGGAGAUGUCGAACGUCUACACCUUGUGGUUGUGGGUAGGAGUCACAUUGCUACAGAUUGGUAUUGCAAGCAUACCUCUUGGCCGAGACGGCGAGUGGGGAGUCUUUCUCGUGACCUGCAGUGGUAUUGUUGCAUCAAUACUUGCAGGCGCACUACCUCAAUGGCGAAUCGAAAAGAUCCCGCUCAAGAAGGAGAGCCGUAAGCUUAUCGCUUUGACGAGUGGUAAUGGGUCUCGCGACAUCAUGAUCAUCUACGGUGACAGAAAGGCGUUGGAUCUCGAGGAACUCGCUGCUGGCGAGAGUCCUCGCUCUGAUCGGGUCUGGGAGGCCCUAAAUCUGUUCUCCACGCCUGUCAAGAACGAAUUUGGCCUCGUAGAGCGCCGGAACAACAACACUGAAGUACGCAAGACUCGUAUGUACAACGGACUGCCGCUCGGCGUUUGGCUGCAGCAAGGCGCCCCGACCGUCGUGGGCUUCCUCUAA